AUGGAGAUCAUAGUAACUCAAACUUAUGUCGCCAUUUUUGCUUGGUUAUCUAAUGUGAAGUAUUUGGAUUUGGACGGCAAUGACGAAAAUCCCUUCUCACGACGACUGCUGCGUGGUUUAUCUUCUACGAGAUGUUAUUCAUCUAGCGUCGCUCAUUUAAGUAUUAAAAUACACAAUUUUGAUGAUUGUCUCUGCCUACUUGAUGGUCGCCUUAGUCAAUUACAUACAUUGAUUGUCAAGCUUGAUUACAUUCGUAAUUCAAGAAUAUUUAUAAAUAAUGAGAACACUCUGCUUAAAUUGAAAUGUUUUUCGCUAUAUGUACGCCAUACAACAGUUGCAUUUGACAAUACAGUUGUGCCGCUUCUUCGUCGAAUGUCAAAUUUAGAAAAGCUCACAUUAUCUUUUCGCGCUCGUCGUCGAACUUCAUUUAUUGAUGGCAUUUAUCUGACUAAUGAAGUUCUCGGUCAUAUGUUGCAUCUACAUACAUUUAUGUUUGACAUCGUCAGCGACGAUACAAUCAUUAAUCAACAUUUUAAACCAUCUCCGGAUGAUAUUCGACGUACGUUUAUUCAAGACAGACAUCAUGUUGAUUGUUAUAUUGACUAUUAUUCAAAGGAGAUAGGCCGGUGCCAUGUUUAUUCACUUCCGUUCACUAUGGAACGUAUACAUUACAUUACAUCCCGUUUUCCAGGUGGUGGUGCUGUUGUACGUGCAUUGGCUAGAGCUGGAAAAUACAAGAUACGUUGUCUAACACGUGAUCCGUCUUCAUCAAAAUCACAGAGAUUACAACAAGAGUUCGGCAGUAGUGCGGAUAUUGAAUUAGUUAAAUGUGAUCUUCAAAAGCGUGACGAUGUGCGUCAAGCAUUUCAGGAUGUACGGGCAAUAUUUGCACUAACAGAUUUCUGGGCAAACCCGACCAAACCUGAAUUGGAAAUUGAUAGUGGACGGCUAAUGGCUGAUGUUGUAGCAGAAAACUUGAGCAGUACUUAUUCCCCCUAUUUUAUUUAUUCAUGCUUAGAAAAUGUCGAACAGGGAAGCGGAGGGAAAAUUUCUUCAUGUCAUCACUUUACAAACAAAGCAAAGAUACGUGAUUACAUCCGAGAAUGUCAUCCAAAUCUGAAAACAAUCUAUGUUGAAGCAGCAUUCUACAUACAAAAUUGGCAGUCACCGCUAAUGGGGAUGACGCAGCGUUCUUCCGACGGUACGAUGGAAUUUCUCUUGCCACUUAUGAAAGCCGAUACAAUCAUUCAUCAGAUUGAUAUUACAGAUUUUGGUAAGAUCGUCUCUGCAAUUUUGGAAGAUCCGGAGAAACUCGUAAACAAAGAGAUUUGUGCAUGUGGUGAAGCGAUCAAAUUUAAAGAUAUUCCAAGAGUGUUUACACAAGUUACAGGCAUUCUAUCAAAAUGUAGAACACUGAGGGACGAAGAAUGCCGGCAACGGGCGAAACAUUUUCCAAAAGAUAUACAAGAUGAGUUCAUAUCAAGUAAACAGUGGGCUGAAGAAUACGGGUAUUAUGGGAAGAAGACAGAUAGUGAAUGGGAUUCAGGCAAGAAAUUGGUUGAGAAAAACGGUGGGAAGAUGAAUACAUUUGAAAUGUUUUUAAAGAAAACGGGUUGGACAGGACCAGAAAAGUAG